AUGUAGCGUCACACUAUCAACAACUGUGAAAACGAAACUGUGGGGGAGUGAAUUUAGGCGACAAUAAUAAAAAUGGAUGAAGAUUUCCCGUUAAUUGCUACUGUAGCAACAUCUGCGAUUUUGAUCUUCGCUGCUGCUGCUGCAGAAGAAGAAAAAAGAAAGCGUAUUUGGACGAGAAAUUGGGUGAAACGCAGAGAAAUUCAUGGAGCCCAUAAUACCCUGUUCCAAGAGCUGCGUUUUGAAGACAGGGUGGAAUUUGGAAAGUAUUUGCGAAUGAUGCCGUGCGAUUUUGAUUAUUUAUUAAACUUAGUGAGCAGCAAAAUUAAAAAACAGGAUACGAUUAUGCGUUGUGCAAUUUCACCAUCUGAGAGGCUGCAUGUUACUUUACGCUUUCUAGCUGGUGGGUGUUCCUAUUCAAAUUUACAGUAUUUGUUUAGAAUACCUAAACAAACAUUGUCAAGAGUGAUACCAGAAGUAUUGGAUGCUUUAUGGGAAUGCAUGCAAGAUUACAUAAAGACACCAAACACUGCUCAGGAGUGGCAAGCCAUAGAAGAAGCUUUUGCUGAAAAGUGGAACCUGCCACACUGUGUUGGUGCCAUCGAUGGAAAACACGUUAUGAUAAAAGCACCAGCAGGGGAUGGCAGCACUUUUUACAAUUAUAAAAGUUUCAACAGCAUUGUGCUGAUGGCAUCAGUUGAUGCAGAUUAUAAAUUUACAUUUAUUGAUGUUGGAUGUAAUGGACGAAUAUCAGACGGAGGAGUUUUUGCUCAAACAAGUUUAUUUUCGAUGCUAGACAAUAACUUGCUUGAUCUGCCCAGCCCAACACCUUUGAUUCCAGGUAGUGAGCCUGUGAAUUAUUUUAUGGUUGCAGAUGAGGCGUUUCCUUUGAAAUGUUAUCUCAUGAGGCCAUAUCCUGGUAAAAAAAUCUCUCUCCUUAGCAAAGGAUUUUCAAUUAUCGACUGUCCAGAGCAAGGGGUGUUGUUGAAAAUGCAUUCGGGAUAUUAUCAAAUAGAUUUCGUAUCUUGAUGCAA